ACAUCCCCCCGAACCUUUCUCCCAGCAUUCCACGCCGCACCAAUUCUUCUCCCUGCCCUCCAUCUCAGCGGAUCGAUGGCCGUUGGGCCCUGCUCUUCCUCUGGUCGACUCGGAGACUGACUGUUUCCUGCCAGCCUACGCGCACUCCCCCUAAAGAAUCCUCCUCCCAGGACCGAGUCGUCGCGCCACGUCAGCCUCUCGAGACGUUCGCCGGUGUGCCCUACGGUGCCUCUCGGGCUCUGAAGAUCCUUGGAUCUGCCCUGAUCGAUUUGAGAAAUCACACUGCUACGACGCCCUGUGAUUCACCAGAGCAGAACGUUCAGCCAUGGUGGGAAUGGAGGAGCUCGAGAUCCACAGCAAGUCGUAUCUCGUCCGUUGGAUCCAUGUCAAGCCCGAGCAUACCAUCUCCUGGAGCAUCCAGCCGCAUCGCAGAUCGCUGAACUUUGGCGUCUUCAAGCAUCCCGGCCAUUCCGCCCUCAGCGUCCCCGCGACCGACGAGACGGCCAACACGAAUCCGAAUGCCGUGGCAAAUACCAAUCCCAAUAAUAACCCCAAUAACCCCAAUGCGGGCGUCUCUACGGCCGUCGAGAAGCUGACGGGGAUCGGUCUCAAGCCCAUCAAGUGGAUUGGAAGGUGUGAGGCCGACAAGAUCACCACCGGCACCCUCGACGUCUCGGUCCACGAUGGCGGCAACUACGCUCUCGUCUUCGAUAAUACCUUCUCCAAGACCACCGGGAAGAUGGUCACCUUUGUCCUGUUGACAUAUCCGACCGCCGUUCCGCCGCAGUCCGGCCAUGCCUCGCGCCAUGCUCCUGGCGUCGCGGCGGCGGCGGCGGCGGCGACCACCGUCGAUCUACCUAGCCUGCACUCCAACCUCCAGGAUGGAGGCUCGACGGAAUCCUUAAGACAAGCUCGGAAUUGGGGGCGGUCAGCGUCCGGGACGCAUUUGAAGCAGCAACAACAACAACAACAACAACAACAACAACAACAACAGCAGCCACCGCCGCCGCAACCCUUGCCCAGGAGUAAGAGCAGCUUGGACUCGUCGUCGACAGUGGCGGCCAUGGCCGUGGCCCCGGUGCAUACGGGUAUACUCCACAAGCGGCGACGGAAGAAACAUCAAGGAUGGGCGCGCCGGUUCUUCUCGCUCGACUUCACCUCCUCCACGCUGUCGUACUACCACGACCGGAACUCGGCGGCGUUGCGCGGCGCGAUCCCGCUCUCCCUCGCCGCCGUCGCGACUAACGACAAGACGCGCGAGAUCUCCAUUGACUCGGGUGCCGAGAUCUGGCAUCUGCGUGCCCACAAUGACAAUGACUUCCAGUUGUGGAAGCGUGCCCUCGAGAAGGCCUCGUCUCACUCCCUGGCUGACACUGUGAGGCCGACGGACCUGCCGUCGCUCAUUCGUAUUCCCACCCAGCGCAUGGCCACCGUCAGCCCAGAGGAGGAGCGCGAGUGGACCCGCGUCGAGAGUCUCGUCAGUUUCAUCUCUGGCUCCAGAGAUGCCGUCCGUCGCCUCGCCCAGAAUACUGACCCGAAGUACUUCACCCCGCCAACGGCCGUGUUCAAUGACCACCAACGCGGCCGCGCCCGUUCGCCUAGCCCGCAUAACCAUAGCCACCAUCACCCUCCUCCUCCACCGACGCCCAUCGAGGCCAAUGGUGAUGACUCGCAGUCCCAGUCACACUUAUCGCAAUCCCAGCAGCACCAACGACGCGAGCGCCGCCCGUCGUUUUGGCGUCGCAAGUCAAAUGCCGCGGCUUACCCGGUCACCCUCAAACCGUUGGUUACGUCGCAGCUAGCCGUGCCGAGUCCUGCAGUGGCAGCAGCGAUAGCGACCCCGACGGCGACCUCGACGGCGGCAGCAGCAGAUGUCGCCUCGCUCGCCGGAGACCGCAAGCCCGCCAGUCUUGCCAGCCAUACCGCUGAUUCACCGCCGGACGAGAUGCAUGGCCAUCUCAUGGCCGUGUUGCGCGAUCUCGACCACGUCGUGGCCGAAUUUUCUAACCUCAUCGCCGAAAGCAAAUAUCGACGGCACCCGCCGCAGUUGACCGUGUCGUCACGCCGAAGUAUCGAGUCGGACCUGUCCCAGGAGUUCUUCGAUGCUACGGAUGGCGGUGGUCAGAGCCCCUUCCUGACGAUUCACGGCGAUAGCGACGAUGAAGCUGGGCAGAGAGGCGAUAGAGCGGUAGAUGCAGCGGCGGCGACAAGAACAACGUCGGCAGCAACUGCAGCAAGUAAAGAAGAGGAAGACGACGACGACGACGACGAAGAAGAAGAAGUAGAGGAGGAAAUUGCUGAUGACGACGCAUCAUCAUCGGCAGAUAGUUUGGAUGGCGAGACGGCCAACGGGGGAACAGGGCCGCUGCGUCCCCGCUCGGCCUCGUUGUUCCCUGUGAAACCAAAGGCUCUGGCACCUCUGCCCCUGGACCCGGUUCGCCGCCGGGCGACCAUCACAGCGCCGACGGUCAUGCCGCCGAGUCUUAUCGGGUUUCUGCGCAAAAAUGUGGGCAAAGACCUGUCCCAGGUCACGAUGCCUGUCUCGGCCAACGAGCCACUGUCGUUGCUGCAGCGGGCGGCGGAGGUGCUCGAGUACUCAACGCUGUUGGACCAGGCGGCGGCUAUCCCUGUUGGUAGUGGUGGUAGUGGUAGCCACAGCGGUCUGGAGCGACUGCUCUAUGUGACUGCGUUUGCGGUGUCGUCUCUGUCUGCGGGCCGGGUGCGCGAGCGGGCGAUCCGCAAGCCGUUCAACCCGAUGCUGGGGGAGACGUUUGAGCUGGUACGCGAGGACCGCGGGUUCCGCUUCGUCGCAGAGAAGGUGUCGCACCGCCCCGUGCAGCUGGCGUACCAGGCGGACAGCAAGGAAUGGAGCCUGUCGCAGUCGCCGCUGCCGGCGCAGAAAUUUUGGGGCAAGUCGGCGGAGAUCACGACGGAGGGGAAAGUACGGCUGAGCCUGCACGGGAGCGGCGAACGGUUCAGCUGGUCGGUGGCGACGCAGUUCCUGCGCAACAUCAUCGCGGGGGAGAAGUACGUGGAGCCGACGGGGGAGAUGGUGGUGUUUAGCGAGACGACGGGGCUCAAGACCGUCACGGCCUUCAAGGCGGGCGGGAUGUUCUCCGGACGCAGCGAGGAGGUGACCACCCGCGCGUUUGACUCGACGGGCCAGGAGCUGCCGCUGGGCAUGACAGGGACGUGGACAACGGCUCUGACCAUGACCAAGAAUGGCAACCCGACCAAUAUCACCAUGUGGACGGCGGGCCCGCUGGUGCCACACGCCCCCAAGCACUACGGCCUGACGACGUUUGCCGCCACUCUGAACGAGGUGACGACCAUCGAGCAGCAUCGACUACCCCCGACGGACUCGCGGCUGCGGCCUGACCAGCGCGCCCUGGAGGACGGCGAUCUGGACCGCGCCGAGGCCGUCAAGCUGCGCCUGGAGGAAGGGCAGCGCGCGCGCCGGCGCGACAUGGAGGCCGCGGGCACGAGCUGGACGCCGCGCUGGUUCAGUCGCGCGGACAGCGCCACCGUCGGCUGUGAUGAGGUUGCCUGGCGCCUGAAGACGGGCAAGGAUGGAUACUGGGAGGAACGGGGCCGGGGGGUGUGGACGGGUGUUGUUCCUGUUUUUCAAUAGUAUAUAAGAUAACCAAUACAUAGAAUCUUCACUUCAUA